AUGUAUCUCUCAGCUAUUGCUCUCGCUUUUGGGGCUCCCGCAGUUACUCCAGUCCUCGGUAACACCGUGGAAAUCCGUUUGAGACACGACAUGUCCCUUAGCGGAAGCAAUUAUGUUGUGUGUUUGACUAGUCUCUACUCUGCUGAAGCCAACCCACUUAGUGAUGACCUCGAGGCUGAUGAGGCUGACGAGAUACCUUGUGCUGGUGGCGAUGUCAGCCUUGAUUUUGACGGAUCUACCUACGCGUUCCGCCUUGACGGGACCGCUAGUAUGAGAAUCGAGGGAGAAGCUUCUGUUAAGACUAAUUAUGGGGACGAAAUUAAUGUUCCUGAUGGAGAAUAG